AGUGGUUCUGUGGCCUCUGUGGUUCUUAAUCGGCUUGCUUGACUGAUAUAUAUAUUUUUAAAUUUUGUCAUAUUUAUUAAUUAUAUAUUUAAUUUAUAAGUGUAUAUAGUGAAAUUAAGAUAUACAUUGAAUCUACAUAAAAAUAAUAAAAUGGUGGUCAGAGAAUAUAACGCAGAAUUAAAGUAUCUAGAGAAGAUCAAUCCCUAUUGUUGGAGGAUCAAGAAAGGUUUCCAACCUAACAUGAAUGUUGAAGGAGUAUUUUAUGUGAACAAUACUCUUGAAAAACUCAUGUUAGAUGAAUUAAAAAAUUCUUGUAGGCCUGGUAUGACGGGAGGGUUUCUACCCGGCGUAAAACAGAUCGCAAACGUAGCAGCAUUGCCGGGAAUAGUUGGCCGGUCUGUAGGCCUACCAGAUGUUCAUUCUGGAUAUGGUUUUGCUAUAGGAAAUAUGGCAGCUUUUGAUAUGUCAGAUCCAAAAUCAAUUGUGUCUCCUGGUGGUGUAGGCUUUGAUAUCAACUGUGGUGUACGUCUUUUAAGGACAAACUUACAUGAAAAAGAUGUUCAGCCAAUUAAGGAACAAUUAACUCAAAGCCUUUUUGAUCAUAUUCCUGUGGGAGUAGGUUCAAAAGGAAUUAUUCCUAUGAAUGCCCGUGAUAUGGAAGAAGCUUUAGAAAUGGGAAUGGACUGGUCUCUGAGAGAAGGUUAUGUAUGGGCCGAAGAUAAAGAACAUUGUGAAGAAUAUGGACGUAUGUUAAAUGCUGAUCCUUCUAAAGUUAGCCUUAGAGCUAAAAAGAGAGGACUGCCCCAACUUGGUACAUUAGGUGCUGGUAACCACUAUGCUGAAAUACAAGUAGUUGAUGAGAUUUAUGAUAAAUAUGCAGCUGGUAAAAUGGGUUUGGAAAGAGUUGGUCAAGUUUGUGUUAUGAUUCAUUCAGGUAGUAGGGGAUUUGGCCAUCAAGUAGCAACUGAUGCAUUAGUACAAAUGGAAAAAGCUAUGAAGAGAGAUAAUAUUGAGACAAAUGACAGGCAGUUAGCUUGUGCAAGAAUUAAUUCUGUAGAAGGUCAAGACUAUUUAAAAUCAAUGGCUGCUGCUGCUAACUUUGCUUGGGUGAAUCGCAGUUCCAUGACUUUCUUAACUCGACAAGCAUUUGCCAAACAGUUUAAAAUGGCUCCUGAUGAUUUAGAUAUGCAUGUUAUAUAUGAUGUAUCACAUAAUAUUGCCAAAAUGGAAGAACAUGUUGUAGAUGGCAAAGUGAAAACAUUACUUGUUCAUAGAAAGGGAUCAACAAGAGCAUUCCCUCCUCACCACCCUCUUAUACCAGUUGAUUAUCAAUUAACUGGACAACCAGUUCUCAUUGGUGGAACAAUGGGAACUUGCAGCUAUGUAUUGACUGGCACCCAUCAAGGAAUGACCGAAACAUUUGGAUCUACAUGCCAUGGAGCUGGGCGGGCAUUAUCUCGCGCCAAAUCUAGACGAAAUAUAGAUUACAAAGAUGUCCUAGUAAAGUUAGAAUCUAUGGGUAUUUCAAUCCGCGUGGCGUCACCGAAAUUAGUAAUGGAAGAAGCACCAGAAUCAUACAAAAAUGUUACAGACGUCGUGAAUACAUGUCACGCUGCUGGAAUAAGUAAAAAGACUGUGAAAUUACGGCCCAUUGCUGUCAUAAAGGGAUAAAAUUUAAUUUAUAAUGGAUAUUUUUAAGUAAUAUUAACUGUCCCUAUAUUUAAUAUUCAUUAUUGAUAUUUAUUAUUCUCUUUCUCUGUUUUCAGUUAAUAGUGUAAUAAUAAAACUAAGUC